CCGCGGCAGUGAGUGGGCUGGCUGCCGCUGACAUACAGUGGUAAAUGUUGAAGUUUAGUUUAUCUAGACUUCCUGCGGUCAUCGCCAGCGACUAAACGUUCACUCUCAGAAGAAAGACAAUCAAGCUACAAAACAAAGGAAGAAGCGUCAAAUCAUCACCAUGCCGCCACGGGUAGAUGACAUCAUGCAACUGUGUUGCGAGCUGUCUAAAAAUCAGCAGAUGAAAGCUGCAGUAAAAAACUCCGGGAAGGGUGCCAUGAUGGCUGGAGCAAUAGCCUUUGCAGGAGGGCUAAUGGGAGGUCCUCCAGGGAUCGCCGUCGGCGGUGCGGUGGGGGGGCUGCUGGGAUGUUGGAUGACCAGCGGUCAGUUCAGACCCCUCCCUCAGAUCCUCAUGGAGCUCCCUCCGCCGCAGCAGCAGAAGCUGUGCAAUGAUGUCAUGGCGGUCCUGGGCUCGCUGAACUGGACGGACGUGGCCCAGCUCAUCGCCCUGGUCACGGGGAACGCCACGCUCCAGCAGCAGGUGGUCGCGGCUCUUCUCAGCUACGUCACCCGCGAGCUGAGGGCGGAGGUGCAGUACGGAGACUGACAUCCCCCCUUUACAGUUCGAACAUUUUCAGAGAACACUUUUCUAGUAUGCUACACAGGUUGGAAAGACUGUCCACCUCCCUGACAGUAUGAGGAAAGCCUUAUACAUAUGAAGCCUUAUUUGUGUUCAAAAUGAGACAAUGCAUUACAUUGAGAAGGUGCCUCUGAUUCAUUGUGGUGAAACACUGCUUAAGUAAAUUCCGUUUUGAAGAAAGACUUGAAUGUGCUGACUUGCUCCGAGGGUAGAGGGAGGUUGAACUCGACAGACGUGCACAUGGGCUCAAAAUAACGUCCUUGAAAGGUUUCAGAUGACAAUAUCUGCUGCUUGUUUACUAGAAGUGUAAGCUUAUUCACAUCAAAAUUGUCUCCUUUCCUUAGGGAAAGUUUAUUUGUAGCAAUAUUUUAAGGUGAAAAGAUUACCUCUGAGCAAAGGGUACGUAAGCACUGAACAUGCUUAUUUUCAUACGUAAACAUAUCAUGGUAGAAUAAACAUACAAAUUAAAGAGGAAUACCACACAGGAUCAAAAGUUUCAAGUUUCAAGUUUAUUGUUAUGUUCUUGAUAACAAUGCAACAUCAUUACCAGUAAUGAAAUACUUAGCCUCAGAGCCAACUCAACUUUAUAUAAUAAAUAAAAUAAGUAAAACAAAAUAAGUAAAAAAUAAAAUAAGAUAAUAAACAAUGUAACAAUUGAGAAACAUAGGCCAGGCAGUGCAGCAUCUCUCAUUUAUCAAUCGGGUUGUAAAUACAACUCUCUGCCUGAUUUAAAUUUUUUAGAUGUGCCAAACAAAUGUAAUCGGUAAGCAAUUCUAACCAAUAUCCAAUACAGUGGACUAUUGUUUUCAUUCUCCUACAUAUGUGAAAAAUAGUUAUAUGUGAAAUAUGCCAGUGUGUACACAAGUAACAAGUUGCCAAACUAUGGGCUUCUUGGAACACUCACUUGGAGGGGUUGUUGACCAUGCAUAGUGGCCUAAAUGAUGUCAGUGUCAACAGCCCAUCUUUAGUCUUCCCCAAAUCUGUAUCUGUUACGAUUAAAUGAAAUUUAAAGCUUUACUUGUGUUUUCACUUGUGUAAUUUUGUCAUGGUUUUUGCAGGGAAAAGUCUGACUAAUUUUGGACUGGUAUGCUUACUUGAAGGGAGCUAUAUUAUAGAGUAAUGUUCCUCAGCCCUGGUCCUAUGCUGGUAUUCUGUCAAAGUUCUCUUAAUUAUGUAGUUUUAUUAUAUAAGUAAUUGCUUGCUGAACUGGAUUUUCUAUCCCAAUGUACAAGCCUCACAUUUUGUAAAAAAAAAAUAAAUAAAUAAAUGGGUUGCUUGCAGUGUGUUUGUAAAAACAUGAAUUAAAAUGCAUUUCUUCUGUGUAUUUUUCUAAUAUUAGCCCAUUUAAUGAAUCUGGAGCCUGCCGUCUCAGUUACGCUUUAUCAGUUGUUCAGAGAAUUGCAUGAGGCACAAUUUUUCAAUUCUUUGAAGUAAAUCGGUAAAUCCAGAUUGCUAGAGACAUAAGUGGAGGAUAUAACUGUUAUUUCAUUUUUUUUGCCUCCACCACGAAACCUUUAUGAUCAAGGACUUUAGCAGAUAACAUCAGACAUCAGAGAUGUAAAAUCCGGAUCAGCUACGAUAAACAGCUCAUUCAACUCAAAACUCACUUUCUAGAAGUUGGAGCAUUUCUUGAGAUUCUUGCGUAUGAAGUGAGACGAAAAACACAGAGGGAAGUGCAACUCUUAGAAAGUAAAAGUCACAAGAGGAGUGGUGUUGUGACCAAUGGUGGGAGCCAUUGCAUUGUGACUUUCAACUGCUGGGGAAGUUGGAGUUUAUGCAUGUGGUGAAACUUAUUUUUUGUGUUUGAGCCAGAGUCAGCUGGCUGCAUUUCCUCUGUUGGCUUUCUUAUUGUGUCUGCAUGAAAAGAGGAAUAUAUGAUUAAAAAUAAUUUAUUUAAUUUCAGAAUCCUCUCUUGUAAAGAAUCACAAACAUACUAGUAGGAGAGCAGCUACUCUGCAGCAUUUGGUG